AUGGCCCCAGAUCGAAAUUCUGCAACCCGGGGCACUCAUGGAGGAGCAAGAGCUCGCUCUGGGCGCCCAUCAAAGCCAACAAACUCCAAUACAGAUCAAAUUGCAGCAUUCUUUCUGCCCCGCAGGACCAACCAGCCAGUACCAGCUACAAACUUUCACACAUUCUACUCAGCUUCCAAUCCUGAAGCUCAAGUGGUACCUGCUGAACAUGCAGAUAUUACAGUUUCUCCUCAAGAUUUUGCCACAUUACAACAGGAAUUCACUUUUAUCUCUGAAAAUGAUGAGUAUGGUGAUAUUGCUAGAGGGGAUGUGCAAGUAGAGGAGAGUCUAGUAGAUGAUUUGCCAGGUGCACCAGAAAAGUUCAAAUGUCAUAACUGUGGUGAAUCAUUGACCCGAAAUGGUUUUAAUGACAAUCCUAUUGCACGCCGAGUCCGAUCAAUGCCAAAUGAUUUCUUUUUAUUCACAAAUCGAUUCAUUUGUGAUAACCGGCGUGAGGGUAAUAAAGGAUGUGGUCGCACUAUGCAGGGAACUGAUCCCAUCAUUUUGUCACAACUUCCACGUUUUACACAGCUAGCCUUUCCAGCCUAUAUCACAGCAAGGGGUGCUAUCUCCAAGACAAUGAUGUGGCAAAUGCGCAACACGUUUGCAACACGAUUUGGCCCAGCUCCAUUUUCAGAUUUAGUUUCUGAAAUUCAAACACGAUAUCAUGCAGAAUGUGAACUGAUGUAUUUAGAUGCCGCAAAAUUCUAUCAUCAGAAACAGGAGUUUCAUUCCUCAAAGGAUGUUUUACAGACUUUAUGGCAGCUCAUCGGAUAUAUAUUGAACGUGAUACUGCAACUCUUCCUUUGA